ACGUGCCCGCUGCACGGCCCGCUGGGCCUCCCCCGAGACCCGUGGCCUCCCAGCCCGCUUCCGGGAACCCCUCGGCCUCCCCGGCCGCUUCGCCAGAGCGCUUCGGCCUUCCCGACCUCUCCCCGGAGCCCCGGGCCUCCCCGGCUGCUUCCCUGAGUCCUUCCUCCUCUCGCCAGAGCCCGAGCGCCCCUCGGAGCCCCUCGGCUUCCCCCGCCCGCUCUCCCGGAGGCAGCGCGGGACUAUAGGAUUCACACUCCACAGUCUUUCCAGGAGCUAGAUGGAUGGUAUUAUCCAGCCAUCAUCCUACAAGCCUAAAGCCAAGUGGAAAACCACCAUCCUCACAGCAGACGAAGUUAUACGGAAGCGUCUCCUCAUUGAUGGAGAUGGUGCUGGAGAUGAUCGGAGAAUUAAUCUGCUAGUGAAGAGUUUCAUUAAAUGGUGCAACUCUGGGUCCCAGGAAGAGGGCUAUAGCCAGUACCAGCGUAUGCUGAGCACGCUGUCUCAAUGUGAAUUUUCAAUGGGCAAAACUUUACUAGUAUAUGAUAUGAAUCUCAGAGAAAUGGAAAAUUAUGAAAAAAUUUACAAGGAAAUAGAAUGUAGCAUAGCUGGAGCACAUGAAAAAAUUGCUGAGUGCAAAAAGCAAAUUCUUCAAGCCAAACGAAUACGAAAAAAUCGCCAAGAAUAUGAUGCUUUGGCAAAAGUGAUUCAGCACCAUCCAGACAGGCAUGAGACAUUAAAGGAACUAGAGGCUCUGGGAAAAGAAUUAGAGCAUCUUUCACACAUUAAAGAAAGUGUUGAAGAUAAGCUGGAAUUGAGACGGAAACAGUUUCACGUUCUUCUUAGUACCAUCCAUGAACUUCAGCAAACAUUGGAAAAUGAUGAAAAACUCUCAGAGGUAGAAGAAGCUCAGGAAGCAAGCAUGGAAACAGAUCCUAAACCAUAGACAGGCUAAUUGCCCACCACUCCCAGGAAUAUUGAAAUAGCUACAUGACCAUAAUGUGUUUAAAAUGUGGUGUGCUCUUGAGAUAUUUAAAGUUUUGGCAGUAAAAUACUCUAAGUAUGAAUGUAUUUCAUUCAUAUUUCCUCACACAAAGGAAAAUGACUUCAGUAUAGAUUUGUUUUCAUUAAAAUGCAUUUUUUAUUCUUAAGUGGUAGGAAGCAACAUCCAAAAAUGCUUAAUAAAAUGCUUUUAAGCUGCA